AUGAUUCCCCGAUUACUACAGUAUUUUCUAUUCAUAUUCACUAUUACUUUUGUGGAAUGCAUGCCGCCAUUCACAAAAGCAGCGUUCAAGAGCAAACCACUGCAUCCUGUUAUUCUCAUUCCCGGUGACGGUGGAAGUCAACUGGAAGCGAAUCUAACCGGCAAACCAAGUGUGGUUCAUUAUAUCUGCUCCAAGCAAACUAAUGAUUAUUUUGAUUUAUGGCUGAAUCUCGAGCUGUUCACACCACUGGUUAUCGAUUGUUGGGUUGAUAAUAUGAUGUUGGUAUUCAAUUCUACAAGUGGAAUGUCCUCGAAUAUGCCGGGAGUAGACAUACGAGUUCCAGGUUUUGGAGGCACAAGUACUGUAGAGUGGCUUGAUCCCAGCAAGGAAAGCGUGCGUCUUUUUUCACGGGCAUCGCAAGGGCAUUAUUUCUACACGAUCGUGGAUAUGAUGGUGUCAUGGGGUUACAGACGUGGGAAAAAUGUCAUAGGAGCGCCGUUUGAUUGGAGGAAAUCACCUAACGAGCUGCACCUCUACUUCGAUCUUUUGAAGACCACGAUUGAAACCGCCUACCGCUACAAUGAUAACGCAAAAGUUAUCAUUCUUGGCCAUAGCAUGGGCAAUCCGAUGAUGCUCUACUUUUUCAAUAAUAUCGUUGAUCAGGCCUGGAAGGACAAGUUCAUCCAGUCUCACAUCUCAUUGGCUGGUCCAUGGGGAGGAUCGAUGCAAAUUGUACGGCUUCUCGCCUCCGGAUACAACAUGAAUUACUUCAGAGUGAUUUUGCCACCCAGUAGUUUAAGAGGAAUGCAGAGGUCGUUCACUUCGUCCGCAUUUCUUUUCCCCAGUAAAGCCGUCUGGAAUGACUCUGAAGUUCUUGCCAGUACAUCCGAAAAGAACUAUACGAUUGCUGAUGUGCAAGAAUUCUUCCACGAUAUCGACUAUCCUAUUGGAUGGGAGCAGUACAAGGUAGCAGCACAGUUGAAUGGAAAUCUGGAAGCGCCUGGAGUAAAGGUUCACUGUCUCUACGGUACGGGUGUAGCUACAGCCGAGCAGUUCAACUGGCCUAAAGGUUACUUCCCGGAUUAUCAGCCUUACGUUAUGUACGGCGAUGGUGACGGCACAGUGAAUCGAAAGUCAGCGGAGGUGUGCCUUGGUUGGAACGAAGCCAAUAAUCAAGGAAAACAGGUAACCGUUCAUGAGAUCCCUAAUGCUGAGCAUAUGGGGAUUCUGCAAAGUCCACCAGCAAUAGAGAUCGUUCGCAAAGCUAUAUAUGAUCUUUUAUGA